AUGGAACUCAGAGGCCGGUUCUCUAUUAAGAGUCCUGACUUGUUUGUUUCCUUCUUGGUGACAAGCUCAUUGGCUUGCACAGGCAAAAAUCUUGGCUUUGAUACCAAGAUAAAAUUCAAAUUAACAAGAUCAAGAAGAUGCACGGUCCGGGAGGAGGUGGCGGCGGUCCGGGAGGACAAGGAGGCGGCGGUCCUGGAGGACAAGGAGGCGGCGGUCCUGGAGGACAAGGAGGCGGCGGUCCUGGAGGACAAGGAGGAGGCGGUGGUCAGGGAGGCGGUGGUCAGGGAGGUGGUCAGGGAGGCGGUGGUCAGGGAGGUGGUCAGGGAGGCGGGUGGUCAGGGAGGAGGCGGUCCAGGAGGCGGCGGUGGUCAGGGAGGAGGCGGUCCAGGAGGGCCAGGACAUCACGGCGGACACGGGGGUGGAGGUGGACCAGGUGGUCGCUGCUAA